AUGUGGGUCUAUCCAAGGCCGCAGUUUUGGUUCGAACAGCUCGUUGUAAAUGGUUACCAAGAUCAUCCGUGGCGUGAGCAGUUCAGAGUGAGCAGAGAUACUUUUGAACACAUCUGUGGACUCGUUGGCCCUGAGCUGGUGUGACAGAACACAAUUCUUCGCCAAGCUAUCUCCAUAGAGAAUAAUAAUAAUAAUAAUCCAUUUAUAUAGUGCCUUUUCUACACAAUUCAAAGGCGCUGUUGACAAAAAAUUAGAUAGAACUAAAAAGUAAAAAUUAAUCAUUAAAACUAGACGCUAACUACAAAGUAGAUAAAUGUACACAAUAGAUAAAAAUCAGAUAACAAAUAAAAAACGUCACGAUUCAUAAGCUCGCAUAAAAAGGAAUGUUUUAAGUUUGCGUUUAAAAUCAUCAAUUGAGUUUGCAGAUUUAAUAUCCUCAGGUAAGUUAUUUCAAAGUUCCGGAGCAGCAACAUCAGGAUCUAAGAUUGCGGCUGGAUGUAUACAAUUGGAGCUCGAUUAUGUAGUACUUGUAAGUAAUUAACAUAAUUUUAAAUUCAAUACGAAAGGCGACAGGGAGCCAGUGAAGAUCCCUCAGGACUGGAGUAAUAUGGCAAACUCUUGGACACUGGUUGACAAGGCGAGCAGCAGAAUUUUGAACAUGUUGAAGCUUCCGAAUAAGAUAGGAUGGUAGGCCGUACAAUAAAGAAUUACAAUAAUCAAGUUUAGAAACUACGAAGGCAUGAAUAAUGAUCUUUGCAGCAUCAUAAGGAAGAUAUUUGUGUAUGAAACCAAUGUUCCGAAGAUGGAAAAAGGACGAUUGACAGACUGCAUUGACAUGAGGUACCAUACAAAGGGACUGAUCAAAGAUAACUCCAAUAUUGCGUUCACUGGGGGAACAGGAUACAGUCUCAUUACAUAUAUCAACAGAAGAUAGUGGUGGCCGAGGUCGAUAGCCAGAGGAUAUUACGAGAACUACGGACUUGUCUUUAUUUAAUUUCAGCUUGUUAGAAAGCAUCCAUGCGUCCAUGUCCCGAACACAGUUUACCAAUUUGGCAUUACUCAGAUUCAUAUCAGACACAGACGACGUCCUGAACGUAAUAUAUAGCUGAGUGUCAUCAGCAUAAAAGUGAUAGAACAUUUGAUGACGUCAAGCAAUCUCGCCAAGAGGGGAUGUGUACAUUGAAUAUAACAACGGGCCAAGAACGGAUCCCUGCGGUACACCAAACUCAAGAAUAUGAAAAGCAGAGCACACACCAUUAACCUCCACAAACUGUGUACGAUCAGAAAGAUAUGAUCGAAACCAUUCCAAUACAGUUCCAGUAAUUCCAAAGAGAUUGGACACUCGCGAAAGGAGCAUACCAUGAUCAACAGUAUCAAAUGCAGCUGAAAGAUCGAGAAGUAUCAGGAUAACUGAAUUAUGUUGAUCCAUUGCCAUGGCUAUGUCAUUGUGGACUCUAAUAAGAGCUGUCUCUGUACUAUGGUUUCUCUUAUAGGCCGAUUGAUAUGUUUCACCAAGGUCAUUAAUAUCUAAGUAUUAAAUCAGCUGUUUAGCAACACAUUUUUCAAUAGUUUUGGAUAUGAAACGAAGAUUAGAAAUAGGCCUAUAGUUCUUGAAGUCGUUCGAAUCCAGAGAGGGCUUUUUGAGCAAUGGCUUAAGUAUAGCUUGUUUAAGUAUUCCAGGCAUCCGACUAGUUUCCAAGGAAAGGUUGACAAUCUUGUGUAUUACUGGGAGAAUAGAAGGAAACAGACAUUUAAGUACACGACAGGAACAGGAUCUAACUCACAGGACUUAGGGGUAGUUGAGCCGAUAAUACUCAAGAGUUCAUCCGGUGGAACAGUCGAAAACAUGUUCAGUUGACAGCCUGUAGUACCGUUAUCUGCAGCAGUAUCCAAAGGUGGGACUUGAUCAAGGUCACGACGGAUUCUUCUGAUCUAGUCACCAAAGAAUAGAACAAAAUCAUUAGCCAAAGAAGAUGAGGAAUCAUGCUUUGGGUACUUCGCCUCAUGACAUCGAUGAAGUAGUUUACUAAAAACUGCGAAAAGCGAUCUCAUGUUAGACUGAUUCUCAGCAACUAGAUUUGAAUAAUAGUUAGUUCUUGAUGAAGAUAGCAAGUCCUUAAGAACUUUACAUUGACGCGUGUAAGCUUCACGAUCCCGCAUAGAACGGGAAGCACGCCACCGUCGGUCAAGCCGUCUUUUUCCCCUCUUUUCAGACUUUAAUUCUUCUGAGUACCAAGGUGCCGCUGGGCGAAUAGUAACGGUAAGCUUCUUAAUGGGAACAUGUCUGUUAAAGAUUCCAGAUAGCUCAGAAUCAUAAAGUGCAACUAGAUCAUCAAGUUUAUUUGGCUGAUCACUGAUGAGGGAAGAGCUUCGAGUGUCACUGAGGAAAAGAUCGAUAUCAAAAUUCUUAAAACUACGAUAGAUAAUUUGUUUCUUUGUAAACAAAGGUUUCUCCAUGGACAAAGCACAAUUAACAACAAAAUGGUCAGACAAAGCCGCGUCAUGAAUAGAAACAGAUGUAACUAAUUGAUCAUCAUCUCUUGUCAUGAGGGGAUCCAAUAUGUGACCAGCACGGCGAGUAGGAGAACAUACAUGUUGCUUCAAAUUAAAGGAGUCAAUGAGAGCUAGAAAAUCCUGUGAAGAUUUAUCAAGGUUAUUGUCAAAGUGAAGAUUAAAGUCACCGGUAAUGAGGAGGCUAGAUGAAUCCGUGACAUAUUGUUAUAGAAGCGGGUUGCCGUUGCUCUUUGGAGAUUAGCUACUGGGAAUUCAUAUAGAACCGUCGGGCUAACCUUUGGAAUCAGUCGAUGCACUGCUAUGAAUGUAAAGGACGAAUUCUGCACUGCCUUGUUGCGAAGAGCGAACGACUUUAUGAAAUUUCUUAAGACCGAGGCCACAACUAGGCAAACCAUACAGGAAUUUCAGGACAUUAGGCGUUUCCCUCAGGUCGUAGGCGCACUUGAUGGGUCCCAUAUUCCAAUCAGGCCGCUCAAAGAAGACUCAAACGAGUAUGUUAAUCGGAAAAGCUUCCACAGCAUCGUUUUGCAGGGAGUUGCUGGUGCUAAUGGCAAGUUUUUGCAUGUGAGUACUGGCUAUGGAGGAAGUAUCGCGAUGCUCGCGUGCUACGAAUGA